CGUUAAAUAUUUCAAAUGAACGAGUGCACGUGUGUGCGGAAGUGUAACGUCUACGACGCAUGUGCGUGGAGGACAAUCUGCAUUGUGUCGGAAAGAAAGGAUCGAUGUUUCUGUGCGUGUGGGUUUGGGGUGUGUGGUUGGGUGGAGGUGACCACGGUGAAUCCUCACAGUGAAUAAUUCCUUAGAAGAGGGUUUUGGGGGUGGCUGAUUCCGGUAAAUUUUACACGACAACCAGACAAACGUGGGCAUUUUCUUAGAAGUGUGGACAGAGCCACGAGAUGAAACACUAGGAUGUCUCAGAGAGCCACAAGAAUGAAAGUCACCCUGUAUAAAAUGGCUUUAGUUGCUGUAAUUCUUUUUCUUCUCCCUGCAUCAUGGGCUUGUGCUCCACAAAAAGCUGAUUAUGUCAUGAUUUCCUGUUUCCCGAAUGCCAUCAUUGCAAAUGUGCCCGAGUGCCCAUAUGGGUGGGAAAUAGGGCAGCUGUCUUUGGGUGGUGUGUGCUACACAGGCGUCAAUACUCCAGGAUUCUACCGUUUUACCAUUCCUGAUCUCACUCCUAAGAAUCUCUCAUACUGUGCCACUCUAUCUGAGUAUGUUGGAGGCAAAGACCCAAAGUACAUUUUCUACAACUCUAUAGUCUCCAAUGACUCCUCACUCACAGUACGGAACCAGCCGGUGAACUACACCUUUAGCUGCACAUACAGGGCAGCUUACUUGGUCAACAAUGCAGUCUUUAGUCAAAGAGUGGCAACAGUAUAUGUCAACAAUGGGAGUUUAGGCUCUUUUAAGUCUCAAUUGUCUAUGAACGUGUUCACAAACUCGAAGUUCCUUUAUGCUAAAGAUGCUCCAUAUGUGAUUGACACAUCAGAAAUUGGCUCGGAGGUCUUUAUUGGCAUCGAAGCAAAAGGACUGAGUAACAGAUUCAAAGUGGUUAUAACAAAUUGCUGGGCAACACCUACUCCUUAUUCAACAGACAAGAAGAGAUGGAGUUUAAUUCUCAACAGCUGUUCAUCAGAUAACACGGUGACCAUAUUUGAGAAUGCCAAAGACAGCCGCUCAAUGUUCAAGUUUAAUUCAUUCCGCUUUCAACGACUAGAGAAAGUGUCCACUGUCUGGCUUCACUGUGAGGUUCAAGUAUGUGAUGGUGAAAAGCUCUACUGUCAGCCGACUCCAUACAUCAAAGGUGCCAAAUCUGCACCCGAUACACAUGGAGGGGUCUUGACAAUGGAAUUUCAAAUUAAAGGACAACAUUCUUCCAGUUACACUCAUCUUGCAGGAACAUUCCUGAGCAUGUUGUGUGUGUUUUUGCUUAAUGCAGUUUUACGUUAUACCAGUUUGUAAAUGAUGUUUUGUGUGGAUGGGUAUAAAAUGUGCUUACUGUUCAAAACAGUCUUGCUUUAAUCAACACACCCACACACCCACCCAAACACACACACACACACACACACACACACACACACACACACA